AUGAGUAAUGAAUCGGUUAAAGCCAAAAAGCGGGAGGUCGAUGAUAUGAUGAGAGAAAAUUCUCAGUUUUGGAGAGAUCCAUACGAUUCAACUUCCUCCAUCUCUUCGCCACUCACUAAUUCGAUAUACAGCUGUCCAGACCAGUCAAUGGAUGGAACUCACGGUGUAAAACCAAAACGAAGACGGGGAAAUUUACCAAAAGCCACAACUGCCCGUUUAAAAGAAUGGCUCGCUGACCACCGUCGGCACCCGUAUCCCACCGAGGAUCAAAAAAUCACCCUGGCCCAAGAAACCAUGUUGACACUUCAGCAAAUAUCGAAUUGGUUUAUCAAUGCCAGGCGAAGGCAUUUGCCUCUUCUGCUAGGUAUCAAUCCUCAGAAAAAUUCUGGCAAUGUCUACAAGUAUGGAUCUGACAAUUCUGCCGAAGACAGUACGUCAGACAGCGGUAAGCGUAUACGGGGAUGUUAUCGAGCAUGCCAAAGGAAAUCCGACUUGAUCGGUAAACCUCACAGGCGCAACAGAAGAAAAUAUUAG